ACGGAGGAGAAGUCAGACGGAGCAGAGCGGGAAUCAAACUGACAACCUGCAAAGGACAAACCAACGAGCCAACAGGAAGAGCAACAGGUGUGUGUCUCCAUGGCAACAGGUGUGUGCAUUUUGCUGGUUGUGUGUAUCAGCGUGUGUGCAGCGUUUAACCUCGACACAUCAUUUCCACUGCUGAAGAUGGGCGAACGAGGAAGUCUGUUUGGAUUUUCUGUUGCUCUGCACCAAGACCUGAAGACAGAGAGUUACCUGCUAUUAGUCGGAGCCCCCAGAGAGAAGGCGGAGCCAAAUGUUCCAGCCAAUCACACAGGAGGAGUGUACACCUGUCCAAUCAGUGCCAACCAGUCAGACUGCAGAAGGAUGAAGCUCAUAGAUCCAACCCAGAUCCAUGCUGAUGAACUGGUCGAGGACAUGUGGUUGGGCGUCUCCGUAGCCAGUCAGGGCCGGCCUGGGGGGCGUGUCCUGGCAUGCGGUCACCGCUUCACAAAACUCUAUGGAGCGUUCAAUUUAAGGCAAAUGAUUGGCCGCUGUUACCUCCGUGGAAACGACCUGCAGUACGACGAGAACGACUCAAAUUGGCAGGACCCCGAACAGUCCUGCAGUCAUCUGGGUGAUUUCACUGGUGAGGUCAUGUGCGGGAUGGGGAUGUCAGCGGCCAUCACUCAAAGCGAAGUCAUUGUUGGCUCGCCUGGAAGCUUCGAAUGGCAAGGAAACGUCCACGUCUCCUGGAUGAACCCUGACGAUGAGUUUGACACCAAGAAGAGCUCCUUCUCCAACCAGAAGCACAGGAACAUCUACAUCGGAUAUUCUGUUGCUCAGGCUCCUCGCCUUCUGUCUGAGGAUGAUGAAACCAUCGUAACAGGAGCUCCUCGGGACCGUAUGGAAGACGCUCAUGGCUCGGUGCUGCUGGCUGUCAAGCGCUCUGAUAAACUGAUGAUUCGCCAGAAGCUGCACGGUCAACAGAUGGGCUCGUAUUUUGGGAACGCCUUGGCAAUUGCAGACCUCAAUAAUGACGGGUGGAACGACCUGCUGGUGGGCGCUCCUUUUUAUUUCCACCGUCAGGCAGAGGUGGGCGGGGCAGUUUAUGUCUACGUGAACGUAGGAGGGAGGUUCAAUUCUGAGCCCAGCCUAGUGCUGAAGGGGCCGGCAGGGUCGGCAUUCGGCAUGGCUGUGGCCGCUGCAGGAGACCUCAACCAGGAUGGCUUCCAGGACUUUGCAGUCGGAGCUCCUUUUCAUGAAGCAGGAAGUGUGAUGAUCUGGACAGGAAGCAGUGAGGGCAUCUCUACAGAGCCGAGCCAGGUGAUCCGAGGCAGCACGGUCUCCCCUGUGUUCGGGACUUUUGGCUACUCCCUUUCUGCAGGCGGGGAUGUUGAUGGGAACUAUUACCCGGACCUGCUGGUUGGGUCUCUUGAUGAUGCUGUUGUUCUGUUCAGGAGUCGACCGGUCAUCCAUUUAAAUAAAACACUCAAAGUUUCUCCGACCAUCGUGGACCCGAACAGCUGUGACUUCUGUAUACAGGUGGAAGUGUGUUUCUUCUACAUGUUCAACAGGGGAGAGAAGAGCGACAGAGACAACAUCACCAUCCUCUUCACACUGACAGCUGACAUCACUAGUGUCAAGCCCCGCCUCAAUUUUCGUGACAACGGGCAGAGUGUGUACUCUGAUUACCUGUCGAUGCCACGGGAGCAGUGCAGGACGCUGAGAGUGGGACUGCAGAGUAUGAUCAGAGACAAAGUGGAGCCUCUGGUGUUUUCCUUGAACGCCUCCUUGUAUGAGAAGUUUCCCAAGAAAAAAAAGAACGUGCAGGACCUGAAACGCCUCCCGGUGCUGAGUGAGACCCCCCAACCCAUCAGAACCCAGAUCCACAUCCAGAAGGCCUGUGGUUCUGAUAACCGCUGCCACAGCAACCUGCAGAUGACGGCUCGGUUCACCGAUGAGAGCCAGCAAGCUUUCCCCGAGCUUGAGGGUACUCAGGUGUUGUACUUCAACUCCACCAUCAAGAGGCUGUUUCUGGAGGUUAACGUCAGCAAUACACCAUCAACAGGUCGACCAGCAGAGGACGCUCACAACACCAUUCUGAGCAUCAGCAUCCCACCAUCACUUAUCUACUCUGGAGUAGAAACAAAGGGUGACGCCUCGGCAGUGGUGGAGUGCUCUGUGGAGGGGACCUCUCUUCAGUGUGAGCUCGGGAACCCUUUCAGAAGCAACAACAAGGUUCAGGUUCUGAUCAAAUUUCAGCCAUCUGAGAUCAGUUUGGACACACGAGAGAUCCAGUCUGUGCUGCAGCUGUCCACGCUCAGUGAGCAGCGGGAUCUGUCCCCGAUCUCCGUCUCCAUGGUGGUGGAGUAUUUGCUGCAGACAUCACUCAGUUUAAUUUCGACGUCAGGCCCCACCUCCUUCAGUGGUCAUGUGAUCGGUGAGGUGGCGAUGAAGAAGACAGAGGACAUCGGCAGCCUGCUGCUCUUGACCUUCCAGGUGCAUGUCCAGGGAAAGCCGCUGGGCCACCUGGGCACCCUGGAGGUGGAGUUUGAUUGGCCGAUGGAAGCCACCAAUGGGAAGUGGCUGCUGUACCUCACAGAGAUCCAAAUAAACGGUACCUCAGAGCCUCGCUGCUCUCCACCCGGCAACAUCAUUAACCCUCUCAACCUCACGCUGUCAAAAGAGGAGAAGAAGAAGAUGAAGAGGAAUCUGGAUGAAGUAAACGAGGAAGAGGAGCAGACUGACAGAACUCCAACGGUCCUCCGUCUUCAGAGAAAGAAGAAGCGCUACAGUCUGGACUGUGUCCGUGGAGCGAGGUGCGUGAAGUUCGUCUGUCCUCUCGUCAGCAUGAACAACUCGGCGACUUUGACCAUCAAAGCCCGACUGUGGAACUCCACCAUGAUCGAGGACUACAGCGAUGCGAGCAGCGUGUUGGUUCAAGGCCAGGCGUCUCUGAAGCUGCAGACCAACAAACCCACCGUCAACAUCGAGUCUCACAGCUCACAGAUUGAGGUCUACAUCUAUCCAGAUCUGGGGCUCCAGGUGGACUCUGGCGCCCCCCUGUGGAUCAUCAUGUUGUCUGCCCUGGCAGGUGUCCUGCUGCUGGCUCUCAUCUGUCUGCUGCUCUGGAAGUGUGGGUUCUUUGUGCGUCAGGGGGUGUGGCGGGCGGUGGCGCUCCAUCAGGGGAGGAUUAUGGGUAAAGACGACCUGCAACAGCAGCACAUGGAUGCUGACGGAUUCCUGAUCCAGGACCAGGUCUCCUCAUGUCGAAACAGGAAGUCCCCAAAACACUGGGUCACUUCUUGGACUGAGACUCAUUGAGAGACUCUCAGCGUCCGAGAAAAUAAACCAGACCGGACCGGAUCAAACUGGACUAGACCAAAACAAACCAGUUCUAACUGGACCAACACACUGCCAGUGUGAGUCUGCUGUCAUGUGAAAACCUCGUAAUGUGUUUACGUUCAUAUUGUAGACGGAGAUGUGAGGUUUCCAGCUGACAGCAAGCACAGAAGAUUGAUUAUAGAUUGGUUAUUGAUCUGUGUGUAUAUGUGUACAUUUCUUAGCUAUGGAUUGAUUGGAAACAGAUUUGGUGUUUUCCUUUAAAGGGCUGGAAUCAAAAUGAGGGGACUGCUCCUUUAAUAUGGCAGCAGUCAUGUCUUUGUGCUGCCUGCAAGGGCUUCUCGUAAACUCUCCUUUCAGAAAGCUGUCAGUAAAACCAUCCCGGUUGCCUUUAGGUGCGGUUGGCUCUUCUGUGAAACUGUUUGGUGUCUCGUGUACUUUUACAGGCUGUUUUUGUAUAUUUGUGAUAUUUCUGACUGCACUUGAAAGUGUGUGUAAAAUGUG